UUAAUUUUUUCUUUAAUAUAUUAAAAUUAUACAUAUAAAUUAAUAAUUUGUCUAAGACCCCCAUUUGAUCGACCCCCUGUAUUGUUAGCCUGAAGGGAGUAUAGAAAAUGCACGGCGCGUAACUUCACCUGCGGCAAUUCACCACCUGUCAGUAGGCAAUUGUCAUCGGUCGCGUGCAGGAAGGAAACGGCCGAAAUUGUGCUUUUCGUUUUACAAAAGCUUUAUCGUGCAAUAAAAAAAUUAAUCGCACAAAAAAAAGUUUAUCAUAUAUAUAUAUAUUUUACAGAGAAAAAGAAAUGCUUCGAGCACGCUCUCAAAGUAGCGUGUAUGAGCAGGAAGCGAAAUUCGUGCAAGAUCGUAUAACAGGCGUGGAAAAACAUUUUGCCGAGCUGUGCACGAUAUUUGCAGCGUUUACCAGAAAAGCGGCCAGGUGCUCCUCCAUGAAAUUAUAUAUCGAUUAUUUUUCCUCAGCGAUACGCAUAAACCUUUUAUCCCCUAUUGUUUCGCACCGCAUUUUUUCCUUAAUCUUUUUUUCCAGGUUGCGCGAUAAAAGUGACGAAUUGGCUAAAAUAAUACAAACCUACGCCGAUUCAGAGAUUAUAAAUCGAUCCUUGAGCACCGGACUGGCAAAUUUUUCCGUAACAUUAUCAGUCAUUGGCGAUUAUAGAGAUGCAGAGGUACAAAGAUUAGAUGCCAAAAUAAUCGCACCUCUUUCACAGUACGCGACAAUUUGCAAACAUGCUCGUGAUGAUGUUAAAAACACUUUUGCAGCACGAGACAGAGAACUUACAAGACGAAGACACUUAGACAAAGUCCGAGAAAGAAAUCCUAGAAAUCACCAAAUGAUAUCGCAAGCCAAGUCCGAGCUGAUGAAAGCAUCCGUGGAAGUAUCCCGAGUAGUAAAAGGAUUGGAAGAACAAAUCGAUUCGUUCGAACGACGAAAAUUGCAUGAUUUAAAAUCCAUGCUUUUAGACUUUAUCACCAUUGAAUUGAGCUUUCACACAAAGGCCCUCGAGCUUCUGACCAAAGCAUAUCAAGACGUCGCGUCUAUAGACGAGAUAAAAGAUCUCGAGGACUUUCAAAUCGCGAGAGGAGAAAUGAAUGGGGAAUUUAGAGAGACAAUGCGUGUCCCCGAAUCAGUCGCAAGAUUAGACACAGUAAAUAGAACUUCAUUUCGACAAGCUUAUUCACUGACGAAUUUAGCCAGCCGAUUCGCAUCCUCUCCCGUGACAUCGCAGAAAUCGAGUAAUCGAGAAGCUGAAUCUGCUGAUUCUGUACGAACUGGAUUCACAAAUUCUUCUGAAUCGGUUCAAAUUGAAGAGUAUCCAGACAGCACGGAGGAAACAGAAUCAGAAUCAAUUCGGGAGAAGCCUGUGAGGACUAGGCAUAAAUCCAUGUUAACUGCAGAAAAAGGAUAUUUCUUCCGAUGAUCUGAUCGGACAUCGUCUGAAAUUUGUCUUGCAUAUUCUGCAGCAGCGUUUGCACCUGCAAAAGAGUCAACAUACAGUCAGCGACAUGUGUCUGGAUGCAUCGUCAUCGUCAUCAACAUUAUUUUGUGUACAAAGUAAGCGACUCACGUAUUGCGUCAACUCUUGCAUGUUCUUUGGAUCGGCACUAUUACUCAUCCCGUAGCUGUCCACAUCCUCGUUCUUGUGAUCCUGCUUAAUAUCGGCCAUCCUCGAGGUUUUGCCCGAACGGAGAUCGAACGACUUAUUCGAGACGUCUACGUCGUAAUGGAUCCCACGAGCGGGCGCAUGCGACGCGAUGUCUCCAUCUUUCGCGGUGACUUUCGGUGACGGAUGGUGCUAAGCACCGUUGAUUGAUCCAACAACUAUAAUGUAUAUGUAUAUAUUAAACCAGGGUAUUUUCAUAUCGAAAGAUAG